GGCAGGUAGUGAGUUUCUUGUUUGCCAUCAAACUACUAAAACUGGGCCAAAGGGUCGCCCGAAAGGAAGUGGGAAAGAGGUGGGGGAAGAAAAAGAAAGUAAGAGAUAGUAGAUUUACUGGACUUCCCCUUGAUCCUUGCUGGGAGGAAGGUGAAAGACCUGGUGAUACACAGUCGCUCACUGUGUACCUAGGGCCCGGGGAGGGAGAAAAGCGGGUGGAAAGGAGGGACAGCCAACAGAAGGCUCUGCAUUAGCAGGGCCUGGGCAGUGGCACCUGUGCCAACCCUGGGCACACGUGACGCGAAGAGAGCGCCCUGGGGGAUCGGGGCUCACCUGGGCCCACGUGACAGGGCGCGAGCCGCCCCCGCCGGCCCCAAGCUAAGCACCUCUGUCACUCAGCCGCGUCUCCCCACUCCCUUCCUUUCCUUUCCCUUCCUGGCGCGCCUGGGACCGCGCGAGGCAGCAGCAAUUCUUGCGCCAGCCUGAGCGGUGGCGGCACUGGCAGCCGUGGAGGCGGGCUUCGCUCAGCCUUUGCACACCCAACAGGGGCAGCAGCAGUAGCAGCAGCAGCAUGUCGGCCGGCGGAGCGCCAAUCCCAUCGACCCCCAACCCUGCCGUGUCCUUCCCGGCACCCAGGGUCACCCUACCCGUGGGACCUGAUAUCCUCCGGACCUACUCGGGAGCCUUCGUCUGCCUGGAGAUUCUUUUUGGAGGCCUUGUCUGGAUUUUGGUAGCAUCUUCCAAUGUACCUCUACCUCUGCUGCAAGGAUGGGUGAUGUUUGUAUCAGUGACAGCUUUUUUCUUUUCCCUCCUCUUCCUAUGUGUGUUCCUUUCAGGCAUGGUGAAUAGAAUUGAUGCCAACUGGAACUUCUUGGAUUUUGCUUAUCAUUUUGUUGUGUUCGUUUUUUACUUUGGAGCUUUUCUGUUGGAAGCAGCAGCUACAUCCUUGCACAACUUACACUGCAAUGUAACCAUGAAUGUACAGCCACUUUUGAAUGACAACCAGUACAAUGUAAAUGUAGCAGCUACAAUUUUUGCCUUUGUGACAACAGCUUGUUACGGUUGCAGUCUGGCUCUGGCUUUACGAAGAUGGCGACCAUAACACUCCAGAUCAAUUAGCUCUCCAUGUUCUAAUUUAGUUUGUGUACUUGUAUGUGAGAUCAAUUUUGGUACCAUUUUGUUCUAGCUGUGAUACAUUCCAAAGUCUUUUUGUAUAUAGAAACACUCUAUGGAAAAACUUUUCACCUACAUCCUAUAUUGAACUUACUUUUUAAAACUAUUUUUAACUGAUGAAGCACAUCUCAGUUCAGUUGGCAUCUUACUCUUAGAAACUUCAAAUUUGAUAACAGAUAGAUCAAGACAGAUUGAAGAAACUUGGGUUCAGAAUCCCCCCUUCAAUACUUACAAGUAUGCAACCAUGGGAAAAUCUUGGAACUGCUUGGAGCCUCAGUUGCCUCUUUUCUAAAAUGGAGAUCAUAUUUGUAUUUCCUCUCUCACAGGGUUGUUGUGAAGAUCAAAUGAGAACUUGUAUUUGAAGUGCUUUGUAAACCUUAAACCGUUAUGUAAAUGCUAGCUAUUAUGAGUAUCAUUAGCUAUUAAGUGGUGUCUCUUAAAUACAUAUAGUCACUGACUCUCAUUGGACCUUAUUUCUUUUGUAUGCUACAUUUUAAACUAAAUGGAUAUAGAAUAUUUCCCUCGCUUUCAAUAUAUAAAAUUCAGUGUAUGUGAAACUUUAUAAAACCUGAACAAAGGAAGUGUGACUCAAGAAGAGCCUCUUUCCCAAGCCAUAUGUAGAAUUCAAUCUCAUUACUUUAUCUUCAUAAUUCCUAGGGGUUAGGCAGUCAAUGGUUUCCCUUUUGGAGACAAAAUGGAUCUUCCUAGCCACUUCAGACACUAUUUUGGUUACUUGAAAAGCUCAUGUAUGAAAAGAACCAUAAUUAUCUCAUGCAAUCCAAGGAAUUUCCUUUCUUCUUGACCCUAGCUGAAGCUCUUACAUCCACUGAUGAACACUGGAACUAAUAUAUGAUUCCUUUAGUAUUUUUUUUCUUUUACAUUUAUUUAUGUCUCAAGAUAUGUUUCAGUGUAUUGUGUAAAUAUGUGCAUGAAUGUGGUAUUCUUCAAAAUUGUUUACUUUUAUUCCUAAUAGUGUUUUUAAUUUUUCUGAAGCUGAAAUUGAAUGGAUUUUUUUAAAGCACCUGUCUAUGAAUCUUAAUGCUUUUUAUACUGCCCUAAGAAAUUAUAACAUGUGCAAAAGCUAGUUUUUAAAAUGUGUGUAUGUGUUUAUAUUUAUAUGUACAUAUAUACUCACAUAUACUCUAGCGCAUAUGCAUAUAUAAAUAUAUAAACAUGCAUAUAUAUGUGAUCACAUGCAUGAGUUAUAGAUGCAUUUCUAUUUGCAUUUUAUAUACACAUAUGUAUAUGCACAUGUAUAUAGAUAUAUUUACCAACCCUUGUUGGUUGAGUCAUGCAGAUAUUGAUUACAGUAUACCUUUAUUAUUUUUGGAAAGGUGCCAAAAUGUCUGAACUAAAGGCUUGAAUGGGAAUACCAUCGGAGUUAUAUGACAACCCUCUCCAUAUUAUCUAAACAAGGUAUUUCCAGCCUAUCUUGAGAAAUUCCUUUAGAAUAAGGAGACCAUUUGGUCCCUCUUCCCCUUAUUCCUUUGUGUGUUUCCUGAUCCCAUCCCAAAUGGUGCCACAUGUGUUGGAUUUUUUAGUGUAUAAAUACUAAGCCAAGACAGCCAACCCACCUCAUAAAACAUAAGUUAGUCAUAAAAGGUGACUUUGGGAUAGUUGCUGCUCAAAGGGCAAGUUAUAUUUCUCCAAAGCCCUAAAAUGUCAACAUGUAAAUUGUAGUCAGUUUUAUGUACAGUGAAUGAGGCAUGGCUGUAAUGUGACUCAUUUGUGUGUGUGACUUAUGGAAAUCCAUCCUCUUUCUUUAUAUAUCACACUUUUUUUCUGAAGCUUUUCCUUCUUUUUGAAAAUCUGCCAUUCCUUCUUAUAUACAACUUCUCGACAUUUGUAUUAUGAAUUGUAUAUUACAAAGUUAUAAACUGUGCCAUAAGGAAGUAGCCUCUUUUAGGUAGAAUUAUAUGAAGUAAGUGGGCUAGAUUUGGCUCUGGUGUCUCCUCUCCCAGUAAGACAUCAGAGUUCUGUGCUUGGUGACAUUCAAUCAAACAGUUUUAUUGAAAUAAAAUGUUCUGGAGGUGCUUUUGUAAGAGGACUGUUUUUAAAUGGCUAAGAACAAAGUUUAAACACUUACAUUUACUGUGAAUACUUUUAUUUGUGGAUUAAAUGCAUACUAGAUUUGUGCAAUGAGUGACAAAACACUUGAACAAAAAUUAUGGCAUUUAAAAACUUUAUUGUGCAUCUUAAAACUGUAAAAAUGAGAAUGUUGAAUGAUUUUAAAGUCCUGGUAACUCUAUAAUGAAAUAAGACUUCUUUUAUAAGUGUUAUGAAUCUCUAAUAAAGUAUUCAUUUGCUAA